AUGUUUAACGUCAACAGCCAGCAAGAUUUCAGCGAUAAUUUCUAUAUGACGGCGGGGGUCUUCAUAACGUGUUUCAAAUUGUGUAAUUUGCUGACGAGUCGCGAGAAUUAUGCGAUUUUGAUCGGGUCCCUGCAAAAGGAACCUUUCACGCCAAAGAACGACGAUGAAAUUGAAAUUCAGACGAGGUUCGACAAAUGGGCACAAUGGAAUGCUAUUGUCUACACGACAAUGAUUGAUUCGUGUCUAGUAUGCCUGCUCACGGGGUCGAUCUUCACGGGUUACAGAAAUCGGAAACUAAUGUACCGAGCCUGGCUGCCCUACAACUAUUCCUCUUCCAUUUUAUUUACUAUUACUUACGCUCAUCAAGCUGCUGGUAUGUCCAUAUGCGCGCUUGUCAACUCUGCCUACGACACUCUAUUCAGUGGCCUAUUGAUUCAUACGUACUGCAUCUUCGAGAUACUUGGAUACCGUCUGAAAAAUAUUAUAAAAUAUGGAGACAAUUCGGCGAAGCAGUGCGCUCGUCUUCACAAUUAUAUAUACAAAUUUGCCACGAUGGUGAACAAGGAAUUUAAAACAGUGGUACUUGCUCAGUUUAUGAUGAGCAUGUUUUUGCUUUGCUUCGACCUUUAUCAGUUAACGCAAAACGAGAUGCAAUCGGAUUUUGUGUCGCUCGUGUUUUACACGUUCUGCACGAUUAUGCAAAUAUUGUACUACUGUUGGUAUGGGAACGAAGUCAAAGUAAAGAGUCUCGAAAUUCCCAAUAUGAUAAUCGAAAGCAACUGGACAUCUUUGAGCAACGAUGAUAAGAAGAUUCUCUUAAUGAUUAUGAGACGAGCGAGGGUGCCUAUCCAAUUUUCCAGCGUAAAACUCGUCACUGUGGAUCUAAAUUCUUUUAAAGCCGUAAUGAAAACGUCUUACUCUGCGUUGAAUGUGCUGCGAAACGACUUAGAAUGCAAUAUUCCGCAACAUUUGAGAUUUAGAUUGCACUAUCUGUGCAACUCGACGAUGCACUUGAUGAGAUCGAUAUUCACGCUCCUCGCUGUGUGCGGUUGUUCGCGACCAUCUUCUUGGACUACUCCGACCAAGAAGCUCUUGUACACCGUUUACACGUUUCUUUUGUUACUCGUAGUGCAUAGUCUCGCGGUAACACAAGUUUUAGACAUAGUGUUCAACGUCAACACCCAGGAAGAAUUCACCGAUAAUUUCUACAUGACGCUGGGGGUCUUCAUAUCCUGUUGCAAAAUGUGUAGUUUGUUGACGAGUCGCGAGAAUUACGUGAUUUUGAUCGAGUCCCUGCAAGACGAACCAUUCUCGCCGAGGAACAACGAUGAAAUUAAAAUUCUCACGAGAUUCAAUAAAUGGGCACAAUGGAAUGCUAUUGUUUACACGACAAUAAUUGAUACGUCUCUAGUAUGCAUGCUCACGGCGUCGAUCUUCACGGAUUACAGAAAUCGGAAACUAACGUACCGAGCCUGGCUACCUUACAACUAUUCCUCUUCCAUUUCGUUUACUAUCACUUACGCUCAUCAAGUCUUCGGUAUAUCUCUGUGUGCGCUUGUGAACACUGCCUGCGACAGUCUAUUCAGUGGCCUGUUGAUUCACACGUACUGCAUCUUCGAGAUACUGGGAUACCGUCUGAAAAAUAUCAUAAAAUAUGGAAGCGAUUCGGCGAAGCAGUGCGCUCGUCUUCAUAAUCAUAUAUACAAAUUUGCCACGAUGGUCAACGAGGAAUUUAAAACAGUAGUAUUUGUUCAGUUUAUGACGAGCAUAUCUCUGCUUUGCUUCAACCUUUACCAGUUAACGCAAAGCCAGAUCCAUUCGGAAUUUGCGUCGCUGAUGUUCUACACGUUCUGCACGAUUAUGCAAAUAUUGUACUACUGUUGGUAUGGGAACGAAGUCAGAGUAAAGAGUCUCGAAAUUCCUGAGAUGAUAAUCGAAAGCAACUGGACGUCUUUGAACAACGACGAUAAGAAAAUUCUCUUAAUGAUUAUGAGACGAGCGAGGGUGCCUAUCGAAGUUUCCAGCGCAAAACUCAUCACUAUGGAUCUAAAUUCUUUUAAAACCAUAGUGAAAACUUCUUACUCUGCGUUGAACGUGUUGCGAAACGGUAAGGUGGACUAGAAGACGCGUGUCGUAUUUUUUUAACAUUUAUCUAUCCCUCCGAGUGUAUGUACCUUUUGAACAAUUCAAAACAUACGAGAAAUGUGUACGAAUGGUAAUACAUUUUAUAAACAGUUGUUAACUCUUCGACGUUGAAGAAAAAUAACCUGCCUCUAUAACAUCUCUCAAUGACUACUUUCCCUUUCGCAAUAAAAAAUUACCUUUUAAAAAUUGAUUAUCCAUUUAAUAUUCACAAUUCCUG